UCAACUACAUUUUUCGUCUCUCUUUUCCGAUCAGUUCCUCUCCGCUCUUCUCUUUUUCUUCUGUCCUCUUUUCAUGCCAGGCUAUCUAUCUGUGUGUGUUUGUGUAUAAACUUAUUUGCCUCUCGAUAUCUCACGAAUGAGACGGAGAAAAACGAUGAAAAGUGACGAUCAGAAUGUGUCUGACUGUGAGAUUUCAUAUAUUGUCUACGUUGGUAACAGACACAAUUAACUCUGUUAGCAACACUCCACGCAGUUGCGCGUACUACCAACACCAAUUUUUCAUUCGCCUUGCAUUCGAACGCGUUCUCUUCCUCUUUCUCUCUCUUUCCACUCUUAUCUUUCCAUUGGACCAUUCGCAUAGCCAUCCUCGUUCAUUCCUCGUGUGUUGGUGCAGAUCUUGACUUGCAUCGUCCUACUCUGUCCAAGCUCGUGUGCUUCACGCACAUGGCGAUCUGUUUCUCUCUUUCUAGCAGUAUAUUUUCGCCUAUACGUCAGUAAGUCGCAGACCGUCGACGCGGUCGAUACUAUUGGUGCUGUGUGUACAUGUGACCGAAAAAGCCGGAGAGUGUUUCCCCGUGGAAAAAAACACGUCUUUUUCGUGACACCACGAGAUGUACCGUGCCCAGUAGCCCAGGGAGUCCGAUAAAAAUAAAGCAUUUCCGUGUAACGUCCGCGACGUUAAUAGAGUACCUACAUACAGAAAAGUGCGCCCGAGACACCUGUGAGAUGCGGGACGGCCUACUGUUUGGAUUCCACGUGAUCUCUUGCGUGCAAUUCGCAUUUUCCGUAUAUUACGAUUAUAUGUACACCAUCGUACCACCGAACAUUCUCAAAACACACAACACCUUCGGUGGGAAAUUCAAAUUCCUCACUUUUUGGGAUGCGAUCAUUCAAGCGGUAUUUUUCUUCGUAUGUAUACUGAAUGAUUGGUUUGGCACAAAUGCCGUCAGUCCCAAGAAACCGCCGCUCAUACGUAAGAUAAAGGACAACAUGCACGCGAUUCUCAGUUUCCCAAUUGCUAUGUUCGUAGGGGUAACAUUUUGGUGUUUGAUGUUCGUGGAUCGCGAAUUGGUACUUCCGAAAGCUAUAGAUCCGUAUUUCCCAUGGUGGCUGAAUCAUUUAAUGCACACGAUGAUCAUGGUUUCCAUCCUAAUCGAAACAGUUUUAGCGCCGAGGAAAUAUCCGAAAAGAUCACACGGACUAAUGAGUACACUAGGGUUCAUGUUAAUAUACUUGAUCUGGCUGCACGUAAUCUAUUACAAGAGUGGCGUUUGGGUGUAUCCAGUGAUGGCGGUGUUGUCCUUGCCGCUGCGACUUUUGUUCUUUGCGGUGUUGAUGUUCUUGACGUUAAUUCUGUAUUGCGUCGGCGAAGCGACGGACAACUUCGUUUGGGGUAACGAAUAUAUUAAACAGCAAAAGUCUUAUGCCAAGAGCAAGUAGCCUCGCCCACGGUGAUUAGAGCUGCGCUGACUUCGAUCAUUAGCACUCUCUCCCUAAGGUGAUGGUGAAUAAAAGAAGCGAAACGCUAGCCUUUUCCACAUCAUUCAUCUCCAUUUACUUUACAUCGCAGCAUGCACGCGUAUCACGCCUUUGAAUAAAUCGUUAUUUGGAAAAAUCUCUUGCGACAAGAAGAAACAUGCAUAACAAUAAUAAUAAUACAUGCAUGCAAAGAGGAGCGUGCUCUUUUUCUCUGAGACGGAACGCUCAAGGAGAAAUAUAGUCAUUAAUAACUUAUUCGCUGAAAAGGGUUGCGUAGCUGGAGCAUGUGGUCACGACUUAUUUUCUACCGUGUGGCUUGUACUACAUAUGCGAUGGUAAACGCAAAAAUGAGGGAAGACUAAUUGUAACUCGAUCGAUUUGCACAUACACACUAUCGGUGCCUAAUAAUAAUUAAACUAAAAGCUGAAAAAGAGAGUAAGGAGCGAACAAAAAAGAAACAUGAACAGCAUACAUGCGUAUUUACACACGAUUCAAUAGCAAUUACAUUUUUGUGGAACACGCUCAGCAAACAUCGUCAUCUGCGACAAAGAGAAUUCGAUCGAAAUUAUUAGAGAGAAUGAACAAACUAACAACAAUGUACAGAAAAAAGAUGAACGACCUGUGGUUACGCGUGUGGAAUGAAUUUUGCAUUGUUCUGCGUUUUUGGGGUGCGUCAUGCAAUCGGAAACAUGCCCCAUCGAAAUACUAAAAUCCGGAUAUGUAUUUGUAUGGAGUAUAGGAAAAAAAUACGUAACCGAGAGUAAUGGAGUGGAUAUGAAAACGUAGCUAGCAAGAGGAGUGAGCGUGGUUUCGCGGAACCGAUCAAAGGGAUAUCAGCGAGGGCUCUCGUGCUAAGAAGAUAAAUUAUAUAGACUUUUUAGUGAGACAUACAGUUUUACAUGCAUGCCAGAAAAAUCAAACUUACAGACUCAUCGAGUUCGACCCUUCCUUCACAUAGGUAGCGUACGGAAAGUAUAAAAUACUUAAAAUUAGUCAACCAGGAGAACAGGGUUUGUCAAGGACUUUUGUUAUAGAUUAGAGUUGAAUAAAUAAAUAUUUCUUUUAAAAGACGUUUGCGCAUUUUAAAAAUGCAGUAGACGCUGCCAGUGACGUAGGAUAAAUUUUAAAUACGUUUUGUACAGCAUUGUACUUUGUAAUUUCUGAAGAUAAUUUUGGUUGGAGCGGAGUUUCUAGUAGACUGUACACAGGUAUUAUCCAUUAUCGAUAACGGGUUGACCUAUUCUAUAAUUACGUGUUGGUAAACCCUGUAUAAAAUUUUUACAAAAAUAGUUCUAAUGCGGUACACCAUCGUAUUGUAAAAAAUGUAGACAGUAAUAUUUUUUAUUACAAUAAUUUAUAUAAAAUAGAAGACGAAAUAAUCGAGAAAAAAAUGAUUAACAUUUCUUUGCGUAAAAUAGCAAACGUUAUUUCCUUCUGCUCUUUCAAAAGAUAGUGUAGUAGGAAAAUGAAUAAUGUAAAUUCAUAAUACACAAUGCAUACGUAAAAAAUACUUGUAUGUAGUCUAAGUACAAUAGGAUAUUAAAAUACUGUAACAUACAGGA